AUGGAUCAUAGGAGAUUACUUUUUCUUAUGCUGCUUUAUUAUUUCUAUCAAGGAACCAAGGCUGGUCUUCGGUUAAAGUUUACAAAAAUCUUUUGUCAUGCUGUCGAUCCAACUUAUCCACGUGUCGACUGGUGUAUCCUCAAGGCUGUAUCGAGAAAUUUACAGUACUAUAAAUGUCGUUUCACACCAUUGCAUUUGCCAUUGACUGAGUAUAGGUUACGUGUCCAAGUUUUUAAACGUUUAACGGGCUGGAAACCCUUUCUCUACGACAUCACAGUGGGCUGUAAUUUUACACGUCAUCUAAAUGUGAUUACCCGAUUGGCAUGGAAUAUUGUUAGCAAUGUAUCGAAUAUAAACAUGGUUGUCCCUAUAAUAUCCUCUGUGUGGAAUUUUAUUUCUUCCUCAUCGAGAUUGUUAUUCGGUGUUUUAAAUUAUGUGGCCAACAUUAUUUUCCGGGGGCCAACUAGUCGAGCUUACCGGCAACAGCUGUAA